AUGGAUCUCUCGCCUCUCUUCUUCAACUCACCGGAUGAGCUAGUUUGUUUUCGCCGAGUCCUUCUCAUUCAGAGUGAGCAGCUUUACGGCGAUGCCGAAACCUCCACCAAAAUCUCCACCGAAACCUCCACCAAAAUCUCCACCAAAACCUACAGAUCUACAGCCUUGCCCUCAUCUACAGAGUCUGAGGUAGCCGCCUACCAUAGCUUCAAAUCUCAUCUCUCCGGCCACAAUCCUCCUCUGACUACUCGACGUAUCUCGGCGGGAAGAACCGUUUCUUCUUCUCCGUCGGGCUUUGAUGGCGACAAAACCCCUUCCGCUGUGGUGUCUGUGUUUCAUUCUAUUCUUUGCGCCUCCACCACACACGGCAAGCCCUUGUACUACUCUGUUUCAACCUUCAGCAGCUUGGAGUUUCAGUCAACGACAAAUCUAAUCUCGCUACAAAAGCUUGCUCACCGGAAUCGAUUAAACCAUUCAGCAGCCUUCAGCAGCAAUACAACGUCAUCUUUCAACGCUAUAUUUCAUACCGUGUGUUGCCUCCAACCUUCCUCCGCCACAGAGAGAUCAAUUCCAUUUGCUUCCUCUUUCAUGGAGAGAUCACUUCCAUCACCUUCCUGCAAACGAAGAAGAAGCCCAAUGUGGAAAUAUUCACCAGAAGAAGCCCUCUUCAACAUCAUACCAGCUCUUGUCAACGUUUUAUCUUUAGGCGUAUAUUGUGUUGAUCCUUCCUUUGUCAUCACAGAGACAUCAGUCCAUAAUUGUGAAAUUAUCAUCCGAUUAUGUUGA